GCGCCCAGUGAGCCCCUCUCACUACGCGUUUGACAGCAGUUCGACCACAAAAUUCGCUUGUCACGCCCCCUGCAUCCCAAAAGUCCACCAUGGGCCUCCUUGAUCUCCCUCCCGAGAUUAUUGACUACAUUCUCGACUUUGCAGGGCCUGCCGGUCUCGAAAGCUUUGUUCUCACGUGCAAAGCUGUUUAUGAGCGCGCAACAACACAGAUCCAUGACCACAAUUACUUGAGACGGCGAUGGCGGCACACAAACAAUCAGAGUAAUUUGCGCCGUGGUGACACACUGAGUGUGCUGCACGAGAUCUCGAGAAAUCCCAUCAUCGCCGAGUACAUCGAGACACUCAGCUUAUGGGACCGCCGGUCAGACGAAGAGAUCCAAAGUCAGGACGUCGUGGAUAGCUUUCGAGACGACGGGCAAGCAAUGCAGCAGAUCAAAGCUCUUCUGCGUGAUGCAGAGUUUUUCCGGGACGCAGAUCUUGAAGAUUGGUGGAUUGAAAUCGUGGAAGAGGACCAAGCCGUGGACAUCGAAAGUAUCGAUAAGCUCUACGCUACCGUUGCUUUGCUUACGCUCCUGCCCAACCUCAAAACCUUGCAGUUGCCAGACAGGUGGCAUGAGGUUCGCAGUGACGAGGCUGCCGAGUCGCUUGUUCCCUCAGUCGAAAGCUUGGUGACGAUGUCUAACGUUAACACUUAUAGACGAAGAUGGCAAGCUCUGCAGUCCUUGGAGACAAUUAUGCCCUUCACGGAAGAAGGCUACGACGUCCGCGUGGGUCUCCAGUGCCUGCAGCCGUUCAUGGCUCUGAACAGCGUCCGAAAUUUGUAUGCCGUGAGCUGUGUCGCUGUCGACGAUGAAUGGGGCGGCAUUCCAUUCCACUGGCCUUACGCAAGCUUUUCGCCUUUGACAAGGCUAGAGUUCGCUAGUUGCUGUAUGGACGCUCAUGGUCUUGACGCCUUGCUGGCCCACACGCCGGCCGUCACGACUUUCAAGUACUCUCAUCAAACGAAAUGGGAUAGCUUACAACAUGACUGGAAUCCUGGGGAGUUUCUGCAAACACUGGCCAAUCGACUUGGCAAGCAACUCCUCGAUCUUGCCCUUACAGUGGAUGAAUUGCAUGGAGAUGUCAUCAACGGUCUGUCUUCUUUCCACUCGUUUGCAGUUCUCCGCAAGUUGGAGGUUGACGUAAUUCCUUUCUGUGGACCACCUCUCGAAAGCGGACAACGCCUUGGCCGGGAUGCUUUCGUUCCAGAGGGCGCAGAAGCAUGGACGCACGGCGACAUUCCAUGCUUAGGUGACAUGCUCCCUAGCAGCAUUCGCGAAGUUCAUCUCAACACCGAUUAUCCGUUGCCAUCCGAGCAGUCGCUGAAGUCGCUGGUAAAGAACGUCGUCGACCGACGCAAAGACAACCUACGGCACCUCGAGCGAUGCAUCAUCAGGCAGUAUCGGUCGAACACAGCGCAAUUCAUUGCGGACCGUCAUGAUAUUACGCUCGAGGUGUUUGAUAUGGAUAUGGUGGAUCCGAGAGCAAGGGCGAUGAUGCCAUUGUGGAAGAGAGAAUUCGAUCGAAAAGUUGGCGGAAUCGUAACGGGGCUGUCCAGCGGAAAUUGAGCGACAGGAGGAGCAACACGGCUAUAUACCCGUUGUGUAUUAUGAAAUCCUCCCGCGGAGCGCGAUAUCAUAUUCAUCAGCAUUACCUCUCCGCGGGUCUGGCCGCCUUUCCAGAUCGA